UUCAAAUUUGAAUCGGAGCGGAGACUAGCCCCGAGAGCCAGGGAGACCCACCGCCUCUGACCACCCCGCUCCCCUCCCCACUCACGCUCUCUCGCCACCUCACUUCGCCCACCACUGCUAUGGCCGCCCCCGGCGCCAGCGCUGGCGGCCGGAGGGCCUCCACUUCGCGAGCCCGCCGCGCAUCCGCGGCGGCGGCGGAGUCCAAUGAGAACGAAGACCUCGCCGCCGCGCCGUCUUCCUCGCCCUCAUCCGCGUUCGCCCUCGCCUCCGCCCCCGCUCCGCAUUUCUCGCUGCCCCCGAGGUCGCCGCUCGCGGCCAUCGCGGAUCCCGGGCGGAACCCUCGGUCCGCGCCGGCGACGCCCAAGUCGCUAGCCGCCACGCCCAGGGCAUCCGCGGCGGGAUCGGGGACCAGGGACCGGACCUCAUCGGUUGGGGUGGCGAAGAGGAUGUUCGAUCUGAGGGAUGUCGCGGCCGCGGAGGUGCCCCUGGAGGUGCCGCACUUCGAGCUCGACGAGGACCCCGCGUUCUGGAAGGACCGCAACGUGCAGGUUCUGAUACGGAUAAGACCAAUUAGUGAUGCCGAGAAUGCUACUCAUGGUCAGAAAAGAUGCUUGCUGCAGGAUAGCUCCAAGACAUUGAGCUGGACAGGACAUCCGGAAACCAUGUUCACGUUUGACCAUGUUGCAUGCGAAACAAUAUCACAGGAAAAGCUAUUCAGAGUUGUGGGUCUGCCAAUGGUGGAGAACUGCAUGUCAGGAUACAAUGGUUGUCUGUUUGCCUAUGGUCAGACGGGAAGUGGGAAAACUUACACAAUGAUGGGAGAACUUACAAAGUUGGGCAAUAAGCUUAGUAAGGAUGCUGGCUUGACACCUCGCAUUUUCGAAUAUCUUUUUCGACGGAUAAAUGAGGAAGAAGAGCACCGGAGAGAAGAAAAGCUUAAAUAUAUCUGCAAAUGCUCCUUUCUAGAGAUUUACAAUGAACAAAUAACUGAUCUACUUGAACCCUCCUCAACCAAUCUUCAGAUCCGUGAAGAUAUAAAGAAAGGUGUAUAUGUUGAAAAUCUAAUGGAAUGUUAUGUGUCAUCUGUUGAAGAUGUUAUGUUGCUAUUGCUACAGGGGGUUGCGAACAGGAAAAUGGCUGCCACAAAUAUGAACAGCGAGAGCAGCCGCUCACAUAGUGUUUUUACUUGUGUAAUUGAGAGUCAUUGGGAAAGUGACUCGAUGACACACCUCCGAUUUGGGAGGUUGAAUUUAGUUGAUCUUGCCGGUUCUGAGAGGCAGAAAAGCUCAGGUGCCGAAGGAGAACGCUUGAAAGAAGCUGCAAACAUUAAUAGAUCGCUGUCAACCCUUGGGCUUGUUAUUAUGACUCUAGUGGAUGUUGCAAAUGGGAGAAGCCGUCAUGUUCCUUAUAGAGAUUCAAGGCUUACAUUUCUCCUUCAGGAUUCGCUAGGAGGGAACUCUAAAACAACAAUUGUUUCCAAUGUCAGCCCAUCUAUCUGUUCUUCCAGUGAGACAUUGAGUACCUUGAAGUUUGCCCAACGUGCAAAGCUGAUUCAAAAUAAUGCAAAAGUAAAUGAAGAUGCUUCAGGAGAUGUUAUUGCUUUACAAAGGCAGAUAGAGGAACUAAAGGAUCAACUGACGUGCUUGAAGAAGCAAAAAGAGUGUCCUGGAUCACCUAGCUUGUUGCUUAAUUCAGACUUUGCCAAUGAAUUCAAAACUUCAUGUGGAGUAGAUGAUCAACUAGACUGUGAUCUGAAUAUCCUAAAGCAAAAGGUUAGCCAUCUAGAACAUGUCUUGGCUGGGAGCCUCAGGAGAGAGAAAUCAGCAGAGACCAAGAUUGGGAAGCUGGAAGCAGAAAUACAGCACUUGAACCGUUUGGUCAACCUGAUGGAGUCUGAUGCACAGCGCUUGAGGAAGAGGCUCGAACUUCGUGGUGAAAAACAAAGAUUACACUCGAUGGGUGAAAAUGCUGCAUUGUCCCAGGAGAAUCAGUUGUUGCAAGAACAAAUCAAUGAAAAUCCUCAAUUGACUCACUUCGCAUUGGAAAACAAGAGAUUGAUUGAGGAACUUACAACGCUUCAGAACUUCUACAAGCAAGGGGAAAGAGAGAUGUUAUUGACAGAGAUAUCUCUUUUGCGGAAUCAUUUCCUUCAUAUCCUUGAGCAGAAAUACGCAGCAGCUCCUAAAAAUGUAGAAGCUCAGGGUGAUGAGCUCAUCAAGGAGCUUGACAAUUGCAGGAAGGAACUGGAUGCAUGCUUAGAAAACAAUGUUCUGUUAGCUCGUGAAGUAAAUAAGCUUCGCUGUGAACUGAUGCAAUACCAGAAGCCCUGCACAAAUCAAGUUGCUCCUGAGGAAAAGGAGAAUGUUGUGGCCACAAGCAUCAAUGCAAUGCAAAAUGAUCAAGCCAAGCAGAAUUUUUCAUAUUUGUCAUUAGAUGAUGUUAACAAGCAGUUCAUGCAAGCAGGGAUCACAACUAAUACUUCAGAAUCAUUCCAACUUGAAUUACCUUAUGAAAUUGACAGUGAAGAUCCGGAGUCUCCUCAUUUGCAUGAUCCAGAAACACAUGACUUUAGGGAUCCUACAACAGCAUCAGAGUAUAAUGGUGUAUUGUCUGAGUGCUUCAACUUAGCUAUGGGUUCUUCACAUGAUGUACUUGACAAAAGCACUCUGACUGAGCUGAAUUUUCUAGAGAAGGAUGACACUUAUCAUGUCCAUGAAAAAGCUCCAGUGAGGGGUAUACAUUUGCAUGAUGAGACUUUAUUGUGCCAAGAGAUUGAAAUAGUGAACUCAAGUAAACAUCUAUCACAGGAUGAAUUGGAAAACCUUAAAAGAACAAAUCAAGAGCUCGAAGAGAAGCUGUUUAUUAUGGCUGAAGAAAGUAAUAAGCUUUCAGAGAUUAUUGUUGCAAAAGAUGUAGAAAUUGCUUCUUUAUCUGAAGAAUGGGAGGCUGCAAUUUUUGAUCUAACAAGCUUCUUAACAGAUGGAUGUAGAUCACUGGAUGAUGCAUACCAGAACAUUGAUAAUAUGAUUAGCUCAUUUCCUCAUAGUAACAGUUCUGUAAGUGAACAUGUGGAGAAGGCUAUGAAAAUUAGCAUUGAGAAAGAAAAGAUGAUAUUCAAACUUCAAAAUGAACUACAAACUGCGCAGAAAAUUGGCAGGGAAGUGAAGGAAAAACUGCAUAUUUUAAGAGGUGCAACUCUUGCUAUAACUGAAGCUCAGCAGUUGGAUAAUGAAGAAAGCUCUCAGGAAGAACUAGAGCUAGUAGGUUUAUUGCACCAAAAGGAUUGUAUAAUACAAGAAUUAAAGAACAAUUUGAAAGCAGAAAGUUGUGUCUUUGCAGAAAGAGCAAAAGGACAUUCUCGUGAUGACCUAAUGUUGCCUGAUAGUUCAGUUGACAUGAUUGAGGAAUUGCCUCAUGAUGAAAAUCAACCAGCAGCUAGUCAAGCUAAUCCAGAUUACCAGUCAAAGCUUGAUAGUGUGAUGCAUCUUGUCGAAGACAAAUCAAAUAAGGUUCUGACCUUAUUUUCAAAUUUUGAGGCAGCUCAAGAAACCAUGGAAGAGGCUGAACUUAUGCUUUCAGCUUUGUUGAAGGCCAAUGAAGAAUUAAAACUUGAGAGAGAUAAUUGCAGGCAAGCUGUGGAAUUGUUGUUGUCUGAGAAAAGUUCUCUGAUCAGUGACUUGAAGGAACUUGAAGCAUCAAGCUCUUGUUCAUCCCAGAAAUAUGACAAAUUGCAUCAACAGAUAAAUGAGUGCGUUACAGAGAUGACAAAGCUUGCUGCUAUAAUAAGGAAGUCGUUUCAGCAAAUUCAAAGUUUUUCCAUGGUAGAACUCUUCGCUCUUUGCUCAGAGAUUAUUACUUUUGGCCAAGACUUGAAAGGAUGUAUAAUGGAUUCAAGGUCAUAUAUUGCGAACAUGGUAUCACUUAUAGAAGAAAAAGGCAGAUCUACAGAGCAGUUCCAUCACCUAAAUGCAAAUGCUUGUGGGUCUGCUCGCCAACAGGUAGAUUCACAUUCAUGCCAGUGGGGUAGCAGCAAACCUUCUCAAUCUGAUUAUAGUGCAGAAUAUGCAUCACUCAGAAGAGAAUUUGACAGGAAGAGCAAUGUUGUAGAAGGAUUGUCUUUUGAUCUUAAACUACUGCAAGAGUCUACUUCAAACGCGAAAGAUAUGAAAGAUAAAGCUGAUGAAAUAUCUACUGCCCUUAGCAAUGUUCAAAUAGAACUAGAUAUGAAAACUUCUACAAUAGAAACCAUGUUGAAAAAACAAAAGGUACUUGAGGAAGAACUGGCUGAAAAUGAUGCCAGACUCAUUAUUUUAAGGUCAGAGUUAGAGCAUUCUCAAAGUUUGUCAUCAACGUUAUUGAAGGAGAACAAAGGUCUGAGAGUGAUGUUGGAAGAUGAAAAUGUGAAGAAUAGUGAAACAAGAGUGCUGUUGGAAGAAAAAGUUAAGGUCAUAGAGGGAUUGGAGAGCCAAAUACUAUUGCUAAAUCGUUCUGAAGUGGGGCAGUUGAUGUCAGAUAUUGAAGAAUUAAAUAAUAGCAUUAAAAUAAUGAGUAGUGACAGAGAAAAUCUCCAGGCAGAGAUAUUUAAGUUAAGGGACAAGCUUGAGAUGGCAAUGGCUUUAGCUGAGGAAAAUGAAGCUGCUGCUAUUGAAGCUCGUCAAACUGCAGAGAUUAGUAAAAUCUAUGCUGAGGAAAAAGAGGAGGAGGUUAAGAUUCUUGAACGAUCUGUGGAGGAACUUGAAGGAACAGUGACUGUUCUUGAGGAAGAGGUAUGCAACCUUAAAGAGGAAGUAAGGAGCCAUCAAGUACAUAAACUAUCUGAAGCCCACUUUCAAGCUUUUGAUGACAUGCUUGCUGUAGAAAAAGCAUCAAAAUGUGAUGCUGCUGAGGAAUCGUGUCAAGGGAAAUGUCAUCUAGAAAAGAGAUUGCAAGCUGAGAUUCUUGCACAUCAAGAUGUCAGAAAUAAGAUUGAAGGUCUCAAAUUGGAAGCAAAGCAUAAAGAUGAUGAGAUUGGGCAAUACAAAGAGCAUAUUGCUGAGUUGGUCCUCCAUUCAGAAGCACAGUCUUUGUUGUUUCAGGAGAAGUACCAUGAAAUGGAGCACAUGGUUUCUAGACAGAAGUUUGGUCCGCAUGAAUCUAGUUCUGAGACUGUCCAUGCCAAAACUGAAAAGCCAUCAGGGCGAGCAAGAGGAUCCAGCUCCCCUUUCCGGUGCAUAUCUAGUAUUAUUCAACAAAUGAACUCUGAGAAGGAUCAAGAAUUCUCGGUGGCACGCCAACGAAUUGAAGAACUGGAAGGUUUGGUUAGUUCCAAACAGAAAGAGGUAUGCUUGCUAACAUCAAGACUAGCUGCUGUGGAUACCAUGACACAUGAUAUUAUAAGAGAACUACUUGGUGUCAAACUAGACAUGACAAACUAUGCUAAUUUGGUUGACCAAGAAGAGGUGCAAAAGUUGCUGAUAGCAUCCCAGCAACAAAUUGAACAAUCAAAGGCGAAGGACACAGAACUUGAAGCAUUGAAAGAACAGCUUGGUCUUCUCAUUCUGGAAAGGGACAGCUUGCUUGAUGACAUGGACCAAAGAAAGACAGACCUAUUGGAGGCUCAGCUGCUUGUUGAACAGCUCGAGCAACGGGAGCAGAUGCUGGAAGCACAGAUUGAAAUGUUACAGUUGGAGAAAGACAGCCUUCAACAGAAGACCAUGGAGAUGGACGAGACAAUUGAGCUUCUAGUCAGAUCAAACCAACCAGAUAUAAAUCCAAGAACGGGGGAUAACCACCGUCGCGGCAGCAGUGAGUUCAGCAGGCGGCUAGCUCAGUCCGACAUGCUCCUCUCCCAUGCGAGGCAUGAACAUUCUCGCCGGCAUGCGGCUGGAAGCUCGAGGACGCACCAUGGCCGGCAUCGAUGAAGCAUUGCUGCUUGGUGGAAUGCUGGUGCGUCAGCCGUCAGACACCGCUUGUGUUUGUCAGCGGCGCAGCUUCUCUGGCCGGGACUGUACAGAUUGUUCGGAAGCCGUAAGGCCCAAAUGUCAAUGUCUAGAAGAAACCUUCUACGUCUGUAAGAUCUGCGCGCCUGUAAAUCUGACAGUGCAAUGUACGCGUUGCUUGCGUAGAGUUGCCAUUUGGGCCGUUGUAUGUUCUUCCACGAGAUCUACGUUGUAGGUUCUGGCUUUUCAGCAAGAAGUGAGAUUUCCCAAAAGCAGCUGAGAUUUGUUUCUAGUUGUACAGUUGUAACCUGUAACCGAGGAUUAGGGUUAAGUGCUGAGUCAUAGCUUUCCAAAUGGAUGGAUCAUCAUGGUUCAGGACACAUUCUUCGAUAUUUACAUGCUCCAAUUUUGUUCUUUAAAAAA